ACGCUUCUCCGGCGCUGCCCGGCCUGGAUUCCCCCUCGCCCGGGUGCGUUCGCGCGAUGGAUUCCUUCUGCUUCGUCUGCUUCCAGAAAGAGGAGCUGCAGCCCCUGCACCUGCACAGCCAUGAGUGCCGGGUCGAUUGAGCAGGAGCCGUCGCGCAAGCUGGCCUGCUGCGGGGUGCCGCUCAUCACAGAAGACAUGCAGUCCCUGGCCAUCCGCACCCUCUCGGGCACCGACAUCAACAAGCACUACGACCUCAUCCGCGAGCUCGGCAAGGGCACCUACGGCAAGGUGGACCUGGUGUCCCACAAAAGCACAGGCACCAAGAUGGCCCUGAAGUUUGUCAACAAGAGCAAGACGAAGCUGAAGAACUUCCUGCGGGAGUUCAGCAUCACCAACACGCUCUCCUCCAGCCCCUUCAUCAUCAAGGUCUUUGACGUGGUCUUCGAGACUGAGGACUGCUACGUCUUUGCUCAGGAGUACGCCCCGGGCGGGGACCUCUUCGACAUCAUCCCCCCGCAGGUGGGGCUCCCCGAGGACAUGGUGAAGCGCUGCGUGCAGCAGCUGGGCCUGGCGCUGGACUACAUGCACAGCAAGAGCCUGGUGCACCGGGACAUCAAGCCGGAGAAUGUGCUGCUCUUCGACCGCGACUGCCGCCGCGUCAAACUGGCUGACUUCGGCAUGACCCGCAAGGUGGGCUGCCGGGUCAAGCGCAUCAGCGGCACCAUCCCCUACACGGCGCCCGAGGUGUGCCAAGCUGGCCGGGCCGAGGGCUUCGCCGUGGACACCAGCAUCGACGUCUGGGCCUUCGGGGUGCUCAUCUUCUGCGUCCUCACCGGCAACUUCCCCUGGGAGGCGGCGGCUGCCUCCGACACCUUCUUCGAGGAGUUUGUGCGGUGGCAGAAGGGGCGGCUGGCGGGGCUGCCCUCGCAGUGGCGGCGCUUCACGGACAGCGCGCUGCGCAUGUUCCAGCGCCUGCUGGCCCUCGACCCGGAGAAGCGCUGCCCCGUCAAGGAGGUCUUCUACUUCAUCAAGUACGACCUGAUGGCCGAGGUGCGCCGCCGGCCCUCCUACCGCUCCCGCAAGCACGCCGGGGACAAGCUGCCGGCCGGGGCGCACCGCCAUGAGGCGGCCGGCUCCUGCACGCCCGCGCCGCUCAAGAGGACCAUCCUGACCGACGGCAGCGGGCCCCGGCUCACCGGCCCCGAGCCGAGCGCGGCAUCGCCCGGGCCGGCCAGCAGGACAGACGGACGGCAGGACAAAGGCAAAGGGCAGAUGGUCCUGGCCACAGCAAUAGAGAUCUGCGUCUGAGGGCGCCGGG